UGUGCAGUUAAAGGUUAAAAGUUCACGGGGGAUGGGCACAGAUGACAGAACAUAAGUAGAAGUGUGCCCCUUACUCUCUGUUAUUACAACGUAAGACAAAAGUAAAGACCAAACAAGCAAACUGAUGUAAAACCCAAACAACAAAAGCCAGAUCACUGCUCCAUUCUUGUCUUAACAACAACAAAAUGGAUCGGCUACUGAAAGCUGCAAGGACUUCCGGUUCUCUCAACUUAUCCAAUCGAUCUCUCAGAGAGGUUCCAGUAGAGCUCUACAGAAGCUUGGAUGCUGUUGGGGAGGGUGAAAAGUGGUGGGAGGCUGUGGAGCUACAAAAGCUAAUCUUAGCACAUAACAAUAUUGAGUCAUUGAAAGAAGACCUGAGGAAUUUACCAUUAUUGACUGUGUUGAAUGUCAGUCACAAUAAGCUUACUGACCUUCCUGCUGCCAUAGGACAGCUUUCCAUGCUUAAGUUGUUGGAUGUGUCAUUUAACUCAAUAGUGGCAAUACCGGAGGAGAUUGGAUCAGCAACUUCUUUGGUCAAGUUUGAUUGUUCAAGCAAUCAUGUUAAGGAACUUCCAUGCUCACUUGGAAAAUGUUCAGAUUUAUCAGACCUAAAGGCAUCAAAUAAUCUAAUUACCAGCUUGCCUGAAGAUCUUAAGAACUGUUCAAAACUGACAAAGCUAGAUGUUGAGGGGAACAAGCUGACAGCUUUAUCUGAGAACUUUUUCGCAUCAUGGACACUGCUUACAGAACUCAAUGCAUCAAAGAACUUGCUGAGCGGUAUGCCAGAGAACAUUGGAUGUCUUUCGCGUCUCAUCCGUCUUGACCUUCAUCAGAACAGAAUUUUGUCAAUCCCACCGUCAAUAAUGGGUUGCUCUUCCCUAGUGGAAUUCUAUAUGGGGAAUAAUGCAUUGUCGAUAUUACCAGAGGAGUUAGGUUCUCUUUCUCGUUUAGGGACAUUGGAUGUUCACUCAAACCAGUUGAAUAAAUAUCCAGUAGGUGCAUGCAAGUUAUGCCUAUCAGUUCUGGAUCUUUCAAAUAAUUCAUUGACUGGAUUGCCUGCUGAGCUUGGCAAUAUGACUACUCUGCGGAAACUUUUGCUCACUGGCAACCCUUUGCGAACUCUAAGAAGUUCGCUGGUUAAUGGACCUACACCUGCUUUAUUGAGAUAUCUUCGGAGUAGACUUUCUGAGGGUGAAGAUUCAGAAGCAACAACUCCUGCCAAAGAGGAAGUAGUUACUAUGGCAGCUCGAUUGUCUCUCACUUCGAAGGAACUUUCUCUGGAGGGCAUGGGAUUAAGUGUUGUCCCAUCUGAAGUAUGGGAAUCAGGUGAAAUUAUAAAAGUUAACCUUUCCAGAAAUUCCAUCCAAGAGCUGCCAAUUGAACUUUCCUCAUGUUUAGCCCUUCAGACUUUGAUUUUAUCGAGGAACAAUAUUAAAGAAUGGCCGUUCGCAAUUUUGAAGUCACUUUCCAAUCUUUCUUGUUUGAAGCUGGACGAUAAUCCACUACGACAGAUUCCAUCUGAUGGAUUUCAAGCAAUCUCUAUGCUCCAUAUACUAGAUCUAAGUGGUAAUGCAGCUUCAUUACCAGAGAAUCCAGCAUUUUCUAGCUUACCACACUUGAAGGAGCUUUAUUUGAGACGAAUGCAGCUACUAGUAGUCCCGUCAGAGAUAAUGAGCUUAUGCCAACUACAAAUCCUAGACUUGGGCCAAAAUUCCCUUCAAUCAAUCCCGGAAGGACUUAACAGCCUUACAUCUCUCACUGAACUGGACUUCUCUGACAAUAACAUUUCAGCACUUCCUCCAGAGCUGGGUUUGCUUGAACCAAGCCUCCAGGUUUUGAGACUUGAUGGAAAUCCUUUGAGAAGCAUCAGGAGGGCAAUUUUGGACAAGGGAACCAAAGCUGUGCUGAAAUAUUUGAAGGACAAAAUUCCAGAGCAAUAGUGUGCAAACAUCUCUUACUGAUUAGGACAGCAUGUAACUCUGCCAUUUAUGUUUGUCUGAAAGCUUGAUCUCACUGCAGUGAUGCUUUUGACUUUCUUAAUUUGAGGGUGUGGAGAAGGUAACAUAAUGAGGAGGUACUGCCAUUGAUAUAACACUAUCAUCUUUUAAAGGAUUGGGGGCAUCAAAAUGCUCUCCAGAAAUUUGUUUCAUAUGAACAGGGCAAAACGAAAAGUUGGAAAAGAAAACAACAUGAUUGUAUUUUUUCCCCAUACACCCCUUUUGCUUGGAGGGUUGGGUGGUUUGCUGGGGUUUAGCUGAUGCUCAUGGUCCAGUUUUCAGCUCUUUGUAACACUUCAAUAUAUGAGUAGUGUUUUUAUUUGUAUGUUUUUCAAUAACCCUGUCCUUCCUGGGUUUUGUAUU